AUGUCGUCCUGGCUACAGAAGCAGCGCAAGGCCGAGCUGGUCUACCUGGCCGAUGAGGCCGGCUAUACUGGAUACGAGAACAUGCUCAAGGAUGACCUCGUCGCAGCCCUCGAUGAACACCUGAAGAAUAAUUCAACGCGCCUCGUCGGCAACAACGUCUUCGCCGAAUACUACGAGCGUAGCUCGUCCCCUGCGAAGAGGACCCGCGCCAAUGUCCCUCUGGAAUCCGACAGCGAGCCCCGCUCCACGCGCCCGCGCAGGCGCGUCACCAAGAUCAAGCAGGAGCAGAUCGAAUCGCAAGAUGAGGCAGAGGCUACUCCCGUGCAGGCCAAAGCACUCGCCACUCGUACUCCGCGCGCCGUCCAACGCGUUGCUGCUCAAGUCCCGCUCCCGCCAUCUCCUGCUGUCGUUACCGACGCCAUUGAACGCCAGACUGCCAUUGUCAGGACCAAGGUCGGAGAUGCCUGGACGAACUCGGGCUUCACCGAUUGGGCCGAGUACAUUCGUGAGGUGUUGAGCUCGGUAGUAGGCGUCGAGGCUGCUGUCGUCCUGGUCGAGGCCUUCUACCUCCAGAAGCAGGUCUUGCCGUGGUUCUACUUCUUCGACAUUCCCGCCAUCAGCGCGCUGGGCACCAAUUCGUACCCUGUGCAUUUCCCCGAGUUCUUCGCCCUCUUGACGAGCUCUUUCUGGAGCCCCUCUUUGCUCUGGGCCAACACCAGCCUGUUCAUUCCGCUCGUCUUCGCCUACUUCUUCAACAUAACCAUCAAGACCCAGGCCAAUGGUCUCUCGUCGAAGCCGGCGUAUCAGGUUGACCCGCUGACCUUUAAUCUGGCCAAGGCACUGGUAUCGUACAUGGUGUAUGCUCAAGGCGUUCGUUUCUCGGGCUUGGUUGAGGAUGAGACGGUUUUCACCGUUUCCAACGCUUUGCCUGGUGGCCACUCCAGUGUCUUUAUUGGCGCAGGUAUCGGCACGAUUGUCAGCAUCUACGAGGCUGUGCUCAAGAGAUGA